UCUAACAAGUGUACGAAAUUGUUAAUCAGCGAAAUGAAAGAUAUCCAGCUUUGCAUUAACUGUUUCCUGUCCUUCGCCCUGUGUACUUUCUCCAAAGCAAAUUUAAUAUCUCAAUACUAUAAGAUGGAAUCUUCACUUGAGAACAAGGUGUCGAAUAUCAGCCUCAUGGCAAAACAUCACUCGGAAUCCAUCCCUGAGUGUUCCGCUAUGUGUGGAGAACUUUGUGCAUGUUUUGGUUUUAAUCCCCAACUAAAGAAGUGCCGUAUCCAUCAGUCGUGUAACCCAGCUGACAUCACAGAAGAUGAAACAGGAUGGAGGUACUUUUUCCCUGACGAGCCAUCAGUGGGAGACCGCUGUUCCUCUAACGUCAAUUGUCCAGAUAAAGCUGUUUGUGACAGAGGGAUGUGUGUGUGUAGUGGAACGUAUCUAGCCAGCGGAAAGGUUUGUCAAAAUGUAACGAACUUGGCACUUGGAAAGCCAGUUUCUGGAAGUUCCUUAAAUCAACACUUCAAAGUAAAAUGGGAAUAUGCUGUCGAUGGACGAACCCAUGUCACCGAUCCCAAUCUAUUAUUUCAUACCAGUUUUGAACUUUACCCGUGGUUGACUGUUGCACUGGGCAGACUAAGUAUCGUUAAGAGCAUCACAAUCUAUAACAGGAACGAUGGCCAUGGUGAAUGGCUGCAUGGCGUUGAAACCAGAGUUGGGAACACAAUUGAUUGGGCUCAGAUGUCCACUUGUGGAACGUUCGUUGGACCUAGUGUGACGGGAGGAGUUCAUGUCAUUGAGUGUGAAAAACUCUUGUACGGAAUGUUCGUCACCGUGAAAAUUGUUAAACAGAACAACAUGUAUGGGAAAAAUUAUCUGGUGUUGGAGGAAGUUGUCAUCGCUGGAAUCGUGGCGUGAGAUUGUGAAAUCAGUCGGAUCGAUCCCACCACCGUCCAACAUCUUAUCAAAAUCUUAGAAUAAUAACACAGAUGUAAAUCAAAAUCAAAAUUCUACCAAAACCUACAGACACUUGGAUGUUGUUACUAUUGAUGUAAAAGUACCCAUUUAUACAAACUUUCAUACAUAAUUGGUAAAAUAUCUACCUUAUUCAAUAGUUUUGUAGGAUAUACAGUGUUCGCAAGGCUUUUCAGCGAAAGGUGAAGAUAACGAACCGUCAUCAGUCGCACAAUUCCUAUAAGCAAUAGGAAAUAGAGAGUUGGGGAAACACAUAGGAUAUACCAAAUGUGCUAUAAGUCGGUCUCUUUAUUUGUUUUUCCGUCAAAUCUUUAGCUAUGAUACAAUUUCCUGUGAAGUUUUCAAUAAAACAAGAAUAGAUAUGGGUUACCCCAUAUCCAAGAAAUUUGACCUUUAAUUUACUCGUAGCAAAUACUGUGACCAGUUUUGCUUCACUAGCAAACAGUGCGCACACCUGUCCUUGACCUUUUAACCUUGAAAAAAAUGUACAAUUACAUGAACAGUA